GAUCAACUGUAUUUGUUGUUUAACCAACUGCUACCUUCAACAGAAUUACUAGUCGACCAUAUUGUAAUAUUGGAUUUUAAUGAAUAUGACGAUUGUAGUGCUGAUUACCAGGAAGAAGAUGAGAAUGCAGUUGCAUUGAAUGUUGAUGGCAUAAAAUAUUCUUAUGAUACAACGUGUGCCAUUGUCGAGUUUUCAAAAACACACACCUUUCCUACAUUAUGCAGACGAUAUAGACAAAUAAAAUAUAAGGAACAACUGCGUCGAAUAAAGCAAUAUGUUAAUGCCCAAGGUGCGAAAACACAGAAACUCCAACGCGACGAUAAUUUUGUUUAUACGGAAUUUAUUCGUGCUCGAGGAUGCUGUUUACCAAUACACGACUCUUAUUUAAGGCGCUGGGACAUCAGAAAAGCACGUCAUUUAAAUCUGGUUGGUUUUAUGACAUCUUCUCACUAG